AUGCUUUUUGUAUGUGGAAAAUUUAGUGUUUCGCGUGUUUGAAACCUUCUCCUUGUGAACAGGUUAUUGUGGUUUCAAUGCUUCUUUCAUUGGAGGAAAUGGGAGCGACCGUGAGUUGUAUGGGACAUGUUUUCCGAUAGACGGAGAGGAAGGGGAAAACGCGGCUUCGGCCUGACGGACAAGUUCCGAUCGAUAUUGACGAGAGAAAACGUCGAUUGGCGGAGAGUCGCGACGAGCAGAUUCGUCUAUUUGCCGCGUCGGACUGGCCUCCCAAAACGCCUCGCGAUAGUCACUUGAGAGGAGUGCCAGUGCAGUGGUGCGCCCGCUAUGCAUUCGUUUCUAUAUAUCUUUACUUAUGGAUACAGCUACGUUUUUUAAAAAUAUAUUUGAAAAAAAGGUUAAACAAGCGUUGAUUUGCAAGCAACGCGGAAAGUGCUGGAAUACGACAAAAAGUUGCGAAAAGCCGACGUCAACCCGGUUUUUACUCAUUCUUUCAGAAACUUGGAGAAAGGUUCAUUCCAAUUUCUAAUUCCAAUUGAGAGAACAGAUGUGUCAUUUUUUUUCUUCUGAAAAAGCUCUUUAAUCAACAAAACUAACUUUUUCUCUUUUUUUUGAAAAUGUAGAAAAAAGGUUUAAUUUAAUCUUUUAAUUUACUAGUCUCACAGACCUAACCUUCAAUUUAGAGAUUGCGAAACCAAUUUUCUUUUUUUUUCACUUCUAGGAAAAAAAAGCAAAAGCCUUGCGAUGACGUCAUUUCCAAUCAAUAGCCCUGGGCGGUGGGGCGUGUCCUAGCCUUCUUGUCUUACGGUAGCAUUCGAAAAGCGCAGAAGCUCCACCUCUCCUCUCUCCGGUCGUUCCCAUCAUUGAAAUGCAGAUAAAAACAUUAUCUUUUUGAUCUAUAGGAGAAGGUUUUAGUGCACAGACUUUGAUGAAAAUAAUGGAGGUAGGAUAUAUUUUUACCGUAUUCUCAUCUCAAAUUGAUUCUAUAGUUUUUUCAGAAAGGUGGAAGAAAUAAAAAGUAUUACGCUAUUCUCAAAAAGUUUCGAAAGUUUUGGAGUUUUGAAAUCGAAUUUUUAUUUUCUUGAUGGGUCGUUUCAAAUGUGAAAAAUCUUUCAGGAAAUCCAUUUUUAAAUGCCUCGGUUUGAACAAAUCAAGGAUAUCAUUUUUCAACUUUAGAAAAAAAUCUUUUAGCUUUUUUCUUGAAAUCUUAAAACGAUUUAUAAUAAGAAAAGUUUAUCUUUAGCUUAUUUUUUGAUGUAUAAACUUGAGAGAUGAGAAAUCUGGUAUCCUUACCUAGAAAACCAAAUGCUUUCAAUAUAAAAUAUUUUCCAAAUAUCAAUUGACUUUAUUCCAAAUUUUACAUGUCAUGACCGUUUAAUUUCUAUCAAUAUACAAAAAGCUGCUUGUUAAUAUAAUGUUUGUAUUUUUUUUUCAACGUUCAAAGUUCUAUGAUUUCAGCAUGAUUCUGUUUGUUUAUAAGUGUCUUGAUACACCUGAUCGGGAAAACGAUUUUGAUAAAGAGAAAACCAUGGAGGCUUCAUAAUAAUUGAAAAUGACGAGAACAAGGCUCAAGUCAGAAAGUAACAAUGAUUACUUUGAAGCAAAAUUUUUAUUUUUUUUUUGCAGUUUUUAUUUUAAAAUUAUGUUAAAUCGCUAAUCCACAGAAUCAGAUUUCAAUUUUUUUCAGGAAAAAGAAUGAAUUAAUGCGGAAAACAGAAAAGGACUCUUUUCAUUUUUUUCUAAAAAAAUAUUUUUUUCUAUCGAGUAAUUUCGCACUAUUUAAUUUUAUUCUUUGAAAACCAUCUUUUAUCAAUAGAAAAAAGUCUCAAAGUUUCAAAAAUUCCCAUGAAUGAAACAUAAUAUAAUACUUCUCGAGCAAUCUCAUGAAAAUGGUUUUAUUUUUCGAGAAAACACCAUCUGAAACUAGAAAAGAGACAGAAAAAGUAAAUUUUCAAUCUUCAUAUUCAACUAUAAAUUCAAAUAUUUCAUUUUGAGCUAAACUUAUUGCUUCUUUCUCUAUCUCGCCUUUCGAAACUUUCCAAUUAUAUCUCGAAAAAAAUCUUUAUCACUUCUUCCAAGAGCGAAGGUUAGAGGAAGAAGAUAUAUCCGUAGCGAAUUUCGUUUUUCUUUUUUUUUCUGUUGCAAUUUCUCGCGUCUUUUUUUUGUUCUUGUAACACUUUGAUAUGGAAAGAAGGGCGGAGAAACGGACAAAACGAUGACCCGAAAACCAUUUUUGCAGGUUAUGGUCGACAUAAUGUCACACAAUCAGAAAGAUAUUCUGGACGUCGAGGACGGCGAGUUGAUGGAAGACGGCGAGAUUUGCGACGACGAGGAGGAUCCCUCCGCAGGUGUGUAUUAUUAGGAAAGUGCAGUGGGAGGUGUUGGAUUGUGUUCAAAUUCGGAGAAAAGGUCAAGGGAAGACGAGAAAGGAGAACAUUUGGAGAAGAGAAUCGGAAAACAGAAACGACAAAGAACAAAUUUACAGAAAAAAGGUCAUUCGACAAGUUUGACCCAUUGAUAACUUGCAACUUGAAAUUUCUUUUGUUUAAGCGCCUAUGUUUUUCAUAUAACUUUGUAAGCGUGUUCAAAGUGACUCCGUGGAAAUUAGAAUAGCCGUCAGAGAUUGAAAAAGAUAACUAAUUUUUGGAGAGUCAGAGAUAAUUCUGAAUUCCGCGCAAAGUACUUUGAACACGGCAUCAGGAUGAUUCCUUUUUUUCAUUUUUUUACUCAAUUUUUUUCGAAAAUUAUUGUUUUCUCUCCAUCCUUUUUAGUAUAGUAGUAUUAGAAGCUCAUUUUUUCUUUUUCUUUUUUUUGCAAAAAUUGAAGUAAUUUAAUUUAUUUUCAAGUUUAUUAUUAAUUUUUUUUGUGAUAUAUCUGCUCAGAUUUAAAUUAUGACGGAAUUUCCUCCCCAAAGUUUCCGAUAUUUAGUAUUCCAAAGAAGUUAUCACAGGGAAAUGAACCAUGUUUAAAAUUAAAAUUUAAAAAAACCCAUUUUUCCAGGAUCCGCAAAUUCAAAAAAUCCCACGGACCAGCCAGUUCCGUCGCUCCUUCCUCUUCAACGCCAAAAAAAGGCCGCACGCCGAUCCGAUGAAACGGUUUGAUCCAAAAAAAUUUAUAUAAAACAAAUCGAUUUUUUUAGAAUCCAACCGACGGCUUCGCGUCACGAAUCCAUCCAGCGAAAAAAACGAAGAUAGUCAAUCAGAAGGUUUUUUUGUGUAAAUAUUAACAUAAUCAUUACAUUUUACAGAAAAUGGCGAUUUUUUCGGCGCCGGAGGUGAAGACAAAGAUUAUCGGUUUGAAGACGAAAGCUAUGGAGAUUUCGAUUAUCGACAAAUGGGCAGUAGAAGGUUAGAAAAUCGAACCGAAAAUGGAAAAAAAGUUAUGAUUUUUUUGUGAUUUUUUUAUAGGAAAAAAAUUUUUCAAGUGGUCUUUUGAGAGCUGAGUCAAAUUGAGUGACCACUUUAGAGUUUUUGAUUUUGAGGCGUUGCCUUGAGAAAAAUUUAGUUUUUCGGCCACAAAAUUGUUCAAAAUCAUCGGAUUUUUUGAAUGAAAAAAAUUUUAAUCUCACAAAAAUCAUCUAAAAAUGCUGGAACGAAAAAACCUGAAAAGGGUGGAAUUUCCACAUUUUUCGGUAACUUCAUUUUGCUUUACUCAAGCCGUUUUGGUUGUUCCAACCUUUAUCAAACGUUAGAUCCGGAAGCGAAAUAGCAAGUGAAUCCGAGAGAUUCAGACGAAGAUACCGGUUAUAAAUUUAUGGAAAAACUCCCGCUUUGAAGCUAUUUUAAAUGGAAUAUGAGACAUUUUCACUGCUUUUCGACCAAUAUUCAACAAGGGAAUUUCCAGAAGACGUCACUCGCCGAACCUCGACGACCCGGACUACGACCUUCGCGCGAAGCGGCCGUACGCCGGCCGAGCGCCGUUCGGACGCGGCUUCCGCGGCAAACGCUACAACACCGAGCACCAGAUCUGCAAGUUCUUCCGCGAGGGCUACUGCCGCGACGGCGACCAGUGCUCCUACUCGCAUCAGGCCGAAGACUCCCUCCGUCGGCCCGAACUCUGCAAAUUCUACCUGAGCGGCUUCUGCAAGAAAGGCCUCCAGUGUCUGAUGCUCCACGGCGAGUACCCCUGCAAGAUGUUCCACAAGGGAGAGUGCACCCGGGAUCCGUGCCGAUUCUCCCACGUCCCUGCCACCGACUACACGCGGCCUCUCAUCGAGAAGAUGAUCGCCGACGACGAGGCCAGAGCCUUGCCGCCGCAGCCACAGUUCCCGCCGGCGCCGCCUAGAGGUGACUUUUUUGAUGACUUAAAGGAGCAUAGGCGAAACUUGAAUAUUUUUUGACACGAAGAGCUUCAGGAAGCUUGAGUUGAUAGGUUAGACAACUGAUCUUAAUUUUCCUAAAAACGAAGAGAAGAAUUUCUUUUUUCUUUGAACACUUCAACAUACCUACAAUUCAGACCUUGGUAACGUGAAGGGCCAGAGUAUUUCUAGUGACCACUUUAGUGGCUUCAGCACUCUUAAGCGAUCCCUAGAAUUGCUCAGAAACGUCCGUAGCGCGUCCGAUUUCAUUACCGAGUUUCGAGAAUAUUUUCCUUAUUUUAUAUGAUUCAUAAGGUUUAUUCUGAUUUUUAAGAAUGUAGUGAGGAAUUUCGAAAAUUCUCCGAGGAUCUUCAAAAAUAUUUCAUUUUUCCACGAAAAUUGAGCUUAAGAUUUCCCAGUUUAAAAUUUCAUGCUCAUUUUUAAUUAUUUUUUCUGUAAGCUCAAAUUUCUCAGCUGACCUGGCCACAGACUCAAUUUUUCGUUAUCUCAUUUUCGGAAGCAUACCUCAUUAUCUUAGGAAAAUUCACUUCAUGAAUCUCAGAAAAAAAAACCCUUUUUUAACAUCCUCUAAUUCCAGGCCGACGAGUACUUCUACCAGGAGGACCAGCUCCAGUCAAUCCCACAGUCUCCGGCAGCACGCCACCCCAACAAGGCGUUCUCCCACCUGCGGCCGUCAUCCACGCCCCGCUGCCGCCGCAGCAGCAGACCUCCAACGGACAGAUCGCGCCGCCGUCGAUAGUCGUUCCGAAGCUUGCGCUUCCGCAAAGACCACCGCUCUACCCGCCGCAGCAGCCGGUGACGUCAGGCUUCUUCGGCGCUCCGCACACCAUCUCCACAGCUCCCAAGAAGAUCGAGCCGCCGAAGCCGGCCGCCCCAGCACCGGAAAACGUGCCGUUCAACCUCGACGAGAUGCUCAACAAGCUCGCCAACCAGUCCGGCUACAACACGAUCAACGAGUCGCCGGCCUCACCACCGCCGAUGCACUCGGAGCCGCUCUUCGCCGUGCCGAUGAUACCCAACGAUAGGGCGAUCCGAUGGCGGCUCUUCGAAGUCAAGACAAAGCCCCUGUACUUUGGCAUCGACGACGUCGAGCAUAUCCGACCCAAUGAUCCACGAAGAAGUCGGGUUCUUUCUUCGACUUUCGACGCCCACAGCCAAAUGCUGACCUUGGCCGGGCGUCAGGUCUUGCCGCCGGAUCAGCCGGUAGACCCGCGUCUUCGCAGCCAACCCGAGCCCGUCGCAGUCCCGAAGGCGUCCCCGACGUUAGCGCCGUUCUCUUCCUGGAUGCCGCAAGUCUAG